AUGGCAGCCAACUACCCCAACAAUAACGUACCACCAGUCUCUGGUGCCGCCGUUGCCCCCGCCCGUGUUUGGCCCGCCGAUAUCGAACAAGUUGAUGCAUUUGCGCGGAAGCUAUACAAACGGGCACGAACGGCAGGCUCCGAGCUUGACGAAGUUGCGACGGCAGUGCGGAGUCUGCAUACAGUAUUGAAGCACCUAAAAUUCGAAGCGGAAGACCCCGAAUCGCUGUUGGGCGCGGAUGAUGGGAGCGGAUCCGUAUAUGCACGACAAUUAACUCCUAUCCUCGAAGACUCCGAGUUCGCGCUCAAGCAGCUAGAUACUAUAUUGGAAAAGUACAGUGGCGAAAGUGGAGCUGGGACGCAGAUGGACGGUGAGAAAGGUUGGACAUUGUUGGAGAGUCGGGAGCGAGAAAUGGUCGAUUUGAUACGGUCGAAAUUGGUAAACCAGAAGCUCAAUAUUGACAUAUUCCUCGACACAAUUCAGCUGCAUAAUCCUUCUAAAUCGCGCCGGAUAGUCGACACGAACAGUGCCGACCUCGAAUCCAUCAAGGACAAAGUGGAUGCUAUCGCGUCGCGCAUAUGCCAACGGAAAAGUUCCAAUUUGGCGGAUGGGAAUAACGACGAAGAAGAACGGUGGAAGAAUUUUAGGGACGAAUUGGAAAAGGCUGGAUUCUCCCGCGAGGUGGUGCGUAAGAAUCAGGACGUCAUACGAGCAUACAUCCGCCAGUUAGACGAACAACUCAGCGCCUAUGGCGGCAGCACACCUUCAGUGCGGGGGCUACUCGAGCAUUAUCGCCCUCGCCGCGAUGAUGGGCUUCAGAUUACUCCGUACCCAACCUACCCAACUGAUCCUGCAGUCGGUGAAUUAAGCCCAGAGGAGCUGCAGUCCGAAAUUGAUGAGGAGAAGUUGUUUCCGUCGAUGAGGAUGAGGCGGCUUGAGGAAGAAGACGAAGAAGAUAAUAAUCAUCAAACAGCCGUAGCACAACCACCACCACCACCAUUGUCAAAUUCAUCACAGCCGCUCAGUAUGCCGGAUCAUCCAUCAAAUCUUUCUUAUGACCGUCGUCUAUCAAACGGCGGCGCUGACGAUGCAUCCAUGGCACUGAUGUCGACGAGGGAGCUUAUGGCUCUAGACAAACGCUCCGCCGAGUUAGCUGUGACGGCAGGAAAUAAAAUGCACCCUCAGCCACCACCAGCUGAAUUAUUACCGGGUCCCAAUUACCACACAUCUAAUUCCCCCACGCCUCACUCUUUACCCCCAUCAGCCUCGCAUCCCGCGCUCCCCUCUUCAUCGUUACCAGCAAUUGGCGUCAACAACGCCACCUCAGGCGAACAAUCUUCUGCUCACCCACGUUAUGUCCCACCUCUACCUUUACCUCGCAAUCACAGUCCGCCUGUAGUGAAUCCGGCGUCUUCAUCGGCUCCUGUUAUAAGUCAGCAACGGGAACAAUCACUCGCCUUAGUGCAGCAACAGCAAUCGAGGUGUGCACGCCUAGCGCCCGACAGUAAAGGCCGCGAUAUCCCACUUGAGGCUAAGUGGACUCGGAUUCCGCGACAUCUCGUCUCACCCGAGGCCCUUGCUGGCGCUGGUGUACGAUAUGAAGCACGACCGGAUUUCGUCGCAGUAUUGGGUGAGCUAUCGCGUAACGAGGUAGCUAAGCUUGCUCAAAAGACUGCUGAGGUUAGGAAUGCGAGACGUCGACGGAGUAGUACCGUUCCAAACAGUGCCGGUGGUGUCGGCACUGCGGCUGUACCAAAUGGGAAUGCGAAUGGUGUGAGGAAAGAUAGGAGAGCCGAGGAUAAGUAUUAUCCUGAUAAAUACCGCAACUGGAAUGUGAUUGAAGAGGAAGAACGUCGGAGGCAACGACCCAAGGCUAGCGGUAGGAAUCAUCGUUACUCUGAUGACGAUGAUUCCUCUUCCGAUGAUAGUCGUGGCGUGACUUAUGUGGUUAACAACAAUCGUCAACGACGCAGGGCGAGUACCGCUAGUUCCGCAAGUCACCUUUACGAUUCGAGCGACGAUAGCAGAACAUCGGAUGCUGAAACCGAUACCGACCGAGAUUUAGAUGCAUCUUCGUCAUACUCACAGUCUUACCCACGAUCCGGUUCACACCUAGAUGAUUACCACAAAUCCCGAUCGCAUUCUCUCCGCCGCAGCUCCACCACACCUACCACAUCAUCUAAGCGCGACGACAAAGCGUACGCAAGAGUUAGGAGUAGGAACGACAGCGACGCUACAGAUGGGGCUAAUGGUCACGAGAAAGAUAGCAGCAACGAGAAAGGUACCAAGACAUACCCAUUUAUCGUGCCGGCGCCCGCUGCGAGCGAGAAGGACAAAGACAAAGAUGGCGCCAGCACUAGCCCCGCAGCCACCAUAAAACCGAAGCCCAUCCUCAAGAACAAGAAAGACGAUCCUCACGUCCGCAUCGACCCUACCCCACAGAUCAUCGACGAGAGCUCAAGCUCGCUGCCUCGAACUUUACCUUCAUAUCGACGGAGCGAACGUGAACGAGAGCGUCGAGACAGGGAAAAGGAUAAGGACCGAGAACGAGAUCGGGACAGGGAACGGAAUAGAGAUAAGGAUAGGGACAGAGAGAAGGAUCGCGAUCGUGAUCGGGAUCGGGAGAAGAGAUACCGCUCAGACCGUUACCAAGACAAAGAACGAGACCGGGAUAGAGAGCGUCACCCCGACCGCGAACGCGACCGAGAUAGGGAACGAAGCGAUCGAUACCGAGGUGACAAAUACUACUCUCACCGCGACUCCCAUCGCGACCGUGAUCGCGACCGCAGUGAAGACGGCGUCAGAGAAACGGAGUAUCCGCACCGACACCGUCAUCGGAGCCACAGCCACAGCCGACGAUACCAUGGUAACGGCGGUGGAAGCUCAUCAAACACCGGUGCAAGACGAUCGGAUCGAGACCGCGAGUAUUACGAUGACCACUACAUCAACAGCAAUAAUAGUCGGGUAAGGGACGAUCGCACGUCAAGGAGAAAGGCUCAACAUGAGACCAUCCGGGCUGUUGGUCUUGGUGGGGCUGCAGCUGCUAUGUUGAGUAUGUUGAGUGAGGCGGCACUAUAG